AUGCUCGCAACCAUAGCCGCAAGGGACCAGAGACUGAAUAGUCGACCUACAGUUGCUGUACAAAACCCCAACACUGGCCACAAUAGAAGCCGAACAGUCUAUGUCGACCUACGAAGCCCACAUGAGUUCUUCACUACCGGCGACGAGGUGUGCGGUCAUGUCCGUGUGCACCCGACGGAGAGGCCCAAUGGUAUCACAAUUGCUUUCAGCGGGCAGUGCAAGAUGACGAUUGUUACGGGUGGAUCUCAAAAGACUACAUCAAAGAUCCACAGGAGUACUUUGGAGCUUUUUUCAGCCUCACGGUCGUUAUUUGACUCCCAAACUUCAGGAGAAAGCUACGAAAUUAUCAACAAGGGCCUUGGGGCAGACGGCAACGUGGAAUUGCCCUUCAAGUUCACGUUCCCGGACGUAGUCAAGAUGAAGCCUAGUGACACGUAUAAACCAAGGUACGGAUUCGAGCAUGAAGCAGGCCACCAACUUCCUCCUUCUUGCUUGUAUGAUGAGAACAAGGUGGAAUACCUUCUCGAGGUUCAUAUUUACAAGACGGCGAAUCGGUCGCUGUGCGAGAUCAUCCAAUUAGCGCUGCCUUUCCGACCGACUGCGUCUUCGAGACCUUCCCCGACAACCAUCAACCUCCCGAAUAAUUCUGAGAUCUGUAUGAGAGGGCACCAUUUGAACCCCAAGAAUGAACAGAAUCCGGGGGUUUUGACAAAACUCAAAUGGUCGACGUUAUCGAAAUACCAGCACGCCAUUCCAGAGGCAAGGUGGAGAAUCGCCGCAAAGUGCCCUUUUAGACUAGUCGCGGGAAAGGUAGUUCCAAUAUCUUUCUCAGUCUCUCAUCUUGGCCACACGCCUGACAUUCCCGAGACACCUAUUGUAUAUGCUCGACAAGUUCGUGUCAAGCUCACAUCAAUCCUAACCGUCCGCAUUCCAUAUCAAGGAAUAACUGGUACCCGUGACACUAUUCGGGAACAUGAGAAAGUUAUCACAGAUAAAGUUUUCGUUGUUGGCGAACAGGUUCUCCGCGAUGGACUUAGGAUGGAUGAGAUCGGCAAAUUGAAAUUGCCGCCAACCAUCCUUCCAAGCUUUAAGACUUACGGACUGCGAUUGUCGUACCGUAUCAAGAUUGUGGUUCAAGGUAAUUGCGCCCUUGAGAGCUUCAGUGUUACUACGUUACGUGAUCUCUGCGAGAUUGUCUGUGACGUACAGCGACAAGAACGAAACGCGCCUAUGACUGUCACCGCCGGUGCAAGCUCAAGCACACCCUUGCAGCAUCAACAAGUAAUCGACGGUCAGCUUCCAGCUUAUGAUCCAGCUCCAAGGUACACGAGAGAAGUCAGCUCAGUAUGUGCACAAAUGCCCAGUGGGCCAUAA